AUGGUUCCGCUGGACACUCGACAGUUCCACUCAUUCUCGCCUCCGACACCGGGCUAUGGUAAAGAAACGCCAGGCAGACCAGUCACUGUCCAUACAUUCAUUGACCCCACAAUUUUCAUUGAACUAUUCACCGGAACUGUGGGCAUUUUUAUAUUCGCUGUCCUAUUCUGGAAGCUCGGCAAAUUCUUUCGAUCAUUGACCAGACACAGAGUACUGCGUGACGGCAAAUUGACGACGACCCGAUAUGCCAGGACUUGGUACGGCUGGGUUCCUGCGGAAAUACAUGAGAGAAACAAGGCAUUUCUUCGGAAGACCUUCGGGUACAUUCGCGAGUGGCUGUCUUGGGAGUCACCCAGAACAGAUUUCCAAUGGAUGUGGUGGGACCCUGGCCUGGAGGCAAUGGAAGAACGCCGUGCCAAGCGAAAACGAGUGAAGUUGCUACCGGAGUUCUUGAAGAGCUAUGAGGAGAUGCCCACUAUGCAUGUCCCAUAUCCACGAUCUUCUAUAGAGUGCCAUGGGGCAUUGGCCAACAGUCAUGAGUCCGAGUCUUCUCAACCAAUUGGACUUGCACCCGAAUGGGAUGAUAUCGCCGAGCCAUUGCCACGAAUCAGCUUUAACGAACACCAAUUUGAAAACAGCACGGCUUCUUCGAUCUCGCUGGAGAUGUUCACCCCGCCAUCACGGGCGCAUACACGAUCUUCCGAUGACCGACCUGAAGGUAGCUUGCGAGUGGAUGGAAGAAUGGUCAGACAGUUGUUGACCUUGCCAACCAAUAUUCAAUCUCUACCAUUCUCGACCAACAGCCGACGUGGUCCUGGGAAAAGGGCUUCGUGGGCAGGUGAAAAUACGUCUUGGACUCGGGUCCGACGUCUCUCAAACUUAUCAGUUGUACAAAAUAGUAUACAUGCCACUGAGCUCAGCUCGGGUUCAGGUGUGCACCAAAGUUUCCAGAGAACCCCGGAAGCCCCGAAACCCGUCUUCCCUGGGGCAAGACUUGCUUCUCAAAAGUAUAGAGCGUGGUCAGCACAGAUGCAAGCGAAAGCGACGGGACUAGCACAGCCGUACCUUCGGGAUUCCUCUGGGCCACCAGGAACGCCCCUCACAGCUCUUUUGGCCAGUUAUCUGUCGGAGCAAGGUGCCUGCGAUGCCUUCCUGGAGCCAUCGAAUGAGGCUUCUCUUGGUGCAAGACAACCAUUUGCAAAGAUCCAUCUGACCUCCAGCCAUGGGCCACUACAUCAAGAGAAAAGAGGCAACCGUGCAACUUCUAUUGACAUGCAUAUGAAGUUUGCCAAGUUCAAUACUGUGCCAGCCAGGUUUCGGCCGUCAAGGAAGCCGGAAUUUUUGACUGCACGCACCUCGAACCAGCUACGGCACUCGUGGCAAGAUGCAGAUACACCCCGUCGUCAGAAACCCGGCAUCCAAAAAACGUGGGGUCAACCUAGGAGAGCUAGAGCCAGAGCACGAAACCGAUACGCAACUCUGCCAAUCUGCAUAGACGGCUGCAUGGACGGAGUUUCUGAAAACGAACAAGUCUCGAUAGCGAAGCUGAGCGACUGGGAAGUCCGAUUGAUUGACCAAUUGAAUCGCAAACUGGGGUGGGUGUACAAUGAGAUGACACCCGGGCAGAAACCAUAUCACUUUGCAUUACUUGCCAAUCAUUGGCUGAACAGAGAGACCUGGCUGGUGAUCGAUCCCAUCUCGAGAGUGUCCAUAGAUAAUCGACGGCAGUGGGGGGACCCACGAUUCGGUUCUCCAAACACUCAGAGUGAUCGAAUACCGAGGCCCAAAUACCCAGCCACCGUACGCAAACGAGUCCACUUACCGCGGAUCGAUUCAUGGCGGGCCGCAGUCAAUAAACAAAGGAGAGUAUCUGGAAUCCGAAACGCCAUCCGGACCGUCGAGCUAUACGAGGACUCGGCAGAGGAGCCCCCGGACGGACAUAUCGACCCGGCAUGCUGGAUCUUGCCGAAGCCACCCCAGGGGUUUGAGAUGUCAACAAGACAGAAGAAUGCCUGGUAUGAAGGAGGUGCUGGGUGGCAGGAAAAGCUUGCAGACUGGCAGCAAGUCCGCCGAGGAUAUCGUUUACACAAGAUUGUCCACCAAGGCCGAGCUAAUCGAAACCGGGUCAAGGAUGUCGCAUCGCAGGUUCAAAGAGGCUGUCGUACAGCAUCGCUCAAGCUGCUUCCCAGAGAAACGGGUCAGCCCCGGGUCGAGUCUUAG